CGGGACUUUCGAGCGAGGCCGCGUAACGUUUUCUUUGCGCGGUCCGCAUCUAGCGGCAUACCUGUUAGCGCUUCACACGCACGAUGCACACUGUAUCGCCAAGCAAAAUACUCGCUAAAGAUGCCCAUGUGCAGUCGAUGGGUCAGUACAGAGAGUUGCAUGAAAAUGCCCUCUCAAACCCGAAGAAAUUUUGGCUGGAUUUCGCCCUAAAAUAUUACUGGAAAGAAAACCCCACACUAGAGAACUGCCUUGAUUAUAAUUUCGAUAUAUCCAAGGGGCCUGUUAGUGUUAAAUGGUUCGCCGAUGGCGUCACGAAUGUCAGCUUUAAUGCACUGGAUGUCCACGUCGAAAAUGGUCGUGGUGACAAAAUCGCCUUCUUUUGGGAGGGAAACGAUCCAAAUGACCGCUUUUCGGUGACGUACCGUGAACUUCUGUUGAAGGUGAAAAAGUUUGGCCAUGCUUUGCGGUCUCUUGGAGUUCAGAAGGGCGAUUGUGUCGCAAUAUAUAUGCCAAUGGUUCCGGAGGUUAUCGUUGCAAUCUUGGCUUGUGCACGUAUUGGAGCGGUGCAUUCAGUCGUAUUCGGAGGGUUUUCUGCCUCCGCCUUGGCGAGCCGAAUUACUGAUGCCAAGUGCAGAGUCUUGAUAACCUGCGAUGGAACUUGGAGGGGAACGAAAUUGAUCGAUCUAAAGGCCAAUGCAUCUGCUGCGCUCCAAAUGUGUGAGGAAAAUGGUCAUCCUGUACGUCAUUGCAUCAUUCUGCGUCAUGUGACUAUGAUGCCUACCAGACCCAAUGAAGUUAACGGUGCCCAAGUCGACCACGGUUCCCUGGGUGUUCGUCCAGCUCAAAGCAUAGACCUGGAGCUCAAAUCUGGUCGUGAUGUUUGGUGGAGCGAUUUGAUGGAAAGUUUGUCUGAUGACACUGACUGCCCCAUUGAGUGGAUAAAUUCAGAGGAUCCUCUGUUCAUUCUGUACACAAGUGGAAGCACAGGCAAGCCCAAAGGUGUGGUGCAUACAGUGGGUGGCUAUAUGGUGUACGCAGCCACCACGUUUUUCUACACCUUUGAUUACCAUCCUGAGGACGUAUACUGGUGCACUGCCGAUGCCGGUUGGAUUACAGGUCACACCUAUGUCGUGUAUGGUCCGAUGUUGAACGGCGCCACCAGCGUCAUAUUCGAGGGUAUUCCCACAUGGCCAGACUCCGGUCGUUGUUGGGCUAUUGUUGAUCGAUACAAAGUCACGAAGUUCUACACCGCUCCGACCGCCAUACGAACAUUGAUGGCUGCCGGUGAUGAGUGCGUCCUCAAACACAGUCGAAAGAGUUUACGCAUUCUUGGUAGUGUUGGUGAACCUAUCAAUCCUACCGCAUGGGAGUGGUAUCAUAACGUUGUUGGUGGGGGGCGGUGCGCGAUUGUGGACACCUUUUGGCAAACAGAAACCGGUGGUCAUGUAAUCACCCCCUUGCCCGGUGCCACACCAACGAAGCCUGGUUGUGCGACUCAGCCGUUUUUUGGCAUAGACGCACGGAUCUUUUCUGACAGGGGUGAGGAUUUGACGCCGGAAGCGAAGCACCGUGGCGUCGAAGUUGAAGGCUAUCUGGUGUUCGCCAAACCCUGGCCCGGAAUGAUGCGCACCGUUUUCGGCGAUCACAAACGAUUCGAAGAGGUCUAUUUCUCCCGCUUUCCCGGUUAUUACAUGGCUGGCGAUGGUGCAAAAAUGGAUGAAGAUGGUGAUAUUUGGAUCACUGGCCGUAUCGACGACAUGUUAAACGUCAGUGGACAUUUGAUCAGUACGGCCGAGGUAGAAAGUGCUCUGUUAUUGCAUCCAAGGUUGGCCGAAGCCGCGGUUGUCAGUCGGGCGCACCCGGUCAAAGGAGAAUGUCUGCAUUGUUUUAUCAUACUGAGACAAUCCAUUUCUGUUUCAAAUGGUGGGAAUUCUGAUAUGCAUUCGGAGUCUCACGUCCUAGAUCCCACACUGCGUAAGGAAUUGUGUCAAAUUGUACGCAAGAAUAUCGGGCCUUUUGCUACACCGGAUCACAUACAGGAAGCGAAAGCUUUGCCAAAGACCCGUAGUGGGAAGGUGAUGAGACGACUGCUCCGGAAGAUCGCCAACCUGGACUUCGAUUUUGGUGAUACAUCGACCCUGGCGGAUCCAUCAUGUUUGGAUGAGCUGGUUGAACAGGCGAGGCGAGCUUGACUCCAACUCGCGAUUGCGCAUGCGUUAUCCUGAACCCUUAGUCCUCUCACAUAUAUUUCUACUCUGUUGUCACCUCCUCUAUCGAAUAUCUAUGGACGGUUCAGAUACAAAAAUUUGUUUUCUAUCUGUUGUAACAGUGGCAAACUUUUCGUGGUGACAAUCUUAUUCUGGUUACAUAUUUUCACCAGAAAACCCUUCAGAUCAAGUGCAAUGGUUGUGCGUUUCUACCGCAGGGCGCUUGGGUUGUUUUUGUCAACCACGACCACUAUUAUUUAACAAUGUAUCUUCUUUUUCACUUGAUCCACAACAAGGGGAGGGUUAUGUUUAUGGCCAAUUCUUUUAUUCCUUCUAAUGCUUGAUAAACACCCCGCCGCUCUUUGCUUGGUAGCCGGCGAUUCUUUGAGGUAGCGCUUACCUCGUGACCACUCAUCAUUCCAGCCUACACCUCCACUUGCUCUGAUCUUGCUGACCGAGCUUCCUUCUGCUAUCUCCUAUCCAUUUGUCGCGUGCUUCACUAAUCGGAAUGGUUUCGUUCAUGUCAGAGUUCAUUUUCAUCGCCCAGCUAAUAUACUUCUAUAUUUAUUCCUUGUAUGGUCUUGACCGUCUGGUCAUUUUUGAGGAUUCAAUUCGGUUGCCCGUGCAUGGUAUUCUUAAAACCGAUGCAUUGUAUGAAUGCAAGAGAUG